GCCCUGCAAGACCAUCAACAACUUUUUUAUAACGCUUUUGUUAACCAUGCAACUACACAACAAAACCCUUGGCCUACUGCUGCUUUUGGUGGCUCUUGCCUCAGUUGAUGCUGGCGCAUUGCGUCGUCAGCUGCGCGAUGUUAGCCAUCUGCCGUUGGAGUAUUUGCCGCCUGUGGUGUUGCCACCGCUGCCGAGUCGCGAGUACUUGCCACCUGUGGAGCAACAUGCGGCCACGUUGUCGCAUGUGCUCCAACCGCCACGUGAUUACUUGCCACCAAGCAACGAGUACUUGCCACCAGUUGAGGAAGUAGAAACAACCACUGAAGAGAUCGUUCCCAGCACCACUGCAGAGGCAGUUGAAGCACCUGCCACAACCACCACCACAGAGCAGCCAACGGAGCAACCAACCACAGAAGCAGCUGUUGAAGUUGAGCCUGAAGUGGCAGCCACUGAGGAGACCGUUGAAGUGAAGACGCAUGAGGAUAUCGAGCAGGGUUCGGGCGUGUUGCAAGCCGAUGGCUAUCACUACAGUGCACCCGAGGUCAUUCCCGAUCUUGGCCAGGCUGUGGCUGCUGUUGAAGCUUAUCUGCCGCCCCUCGAGGACAAUGCUGUUAUGGCUGAAGAGUUGCCGGAGAGCGAUGAAUCAGCUGCUCUCCUAGAUGAUGGCUAUCAUUAUCGCUCCAUUCGCCGGCUGCGACUCUAAUUCCAAAACGAAUUUUGUUAACCAACUUUUGUUGUUUAUUUUUACACACACACACACACACAAACAUACACACCACAUUUGCCACACCACAAAGCGCGCACCACAAAACCGCACAAAACACAAAACGCACACAGCUGAAGGCUUGCAAUAAAAUGGAAUUCUCUAUAAAUACGCGCGACACUCUCGCA